GUUCUGCUUGAAAGUAGUCCGUGGAAGUAAGUUUCUGGUAACGUUUCGCUUUCUGAGACACUACCCGAAUGGUGUUUGAAGAAUGGAUUCCGUGGCCUUACUGACCCGUAGCAUCCUGCUGCACUUUUGUUUGCCGGAGUGCACCUGUUAGCCACUUGUGAAGAUGUUCCCUACCCCAGAGUACUUCCAUGCAGGGCGUGGUCCUUUUGUUAAUGUGUAUGAACCUGCUGAAGACUCAUUUCUGUUGAUGGACGCUCUGGAGCGAGAUGCUGACCGGCUACAGAAAAUGAGACCAUCCAUAUGUUUGGAGGUGGGCAGUGGCUCCGGUGUGGUGUCUGCCUUCCUGGCUUCGGUGACUGGACCUGAAGCUGUGUACCUUUGUACAGAUGUGAAUCCAGACGCAGCUCAGUGUACCGCAGAAACUUCCCGCUGUAAUGACAUCAGCCUGCAGCCCAUCAUCACGGACCUGGUGGAGACUCUGCUGCCAAGGCUGUGUGGGAAUGUGGAUGUUCUGCUUUUCAAUCCGCCAUAUGUUGUCACCCCGUCGGAAGAGGUUGGAAGUUCUGGCAUUGAAGCGGCCUGGGCUGGUGGAAUACGGGGUCGAGAAGUCAUGGACAGGUUUAUCCCCCUGGUUCCACAGCUUCUAUCCAGUCAGGGGCUUUUCUACCUGGUCACUGUGACAGAGAAUGAUCCGGAGGGAAUCAUUGUGCUGCUGGGGCAAAUGGGACUGUGGGGUGAGGUGUGCCUGUCGCGACAGGCUGGUGCAGAGAGCUUAUCUAUACUCCGCUUCUGCAGAAGGUGAGCAGAGCUGGGUCAGAAACUACUGGAGCUCUGAAC